AUGGGUAAGACCAGCAAAUGGUUCCGUUCACUUCUGGGCUCAAAAAAGUCGCUCCCGGAACCAUCACCGGCAACAUCGUCACCGCCGCAGGCGGAGGCGGGCAAGGAAAAGAAGAAGAGUAAGUGGGGUCUUGUUAAAUUAUCUGAUACAUCUAGCCAGAGAAGCAUCCUUGGAUCGCAGUUCAAAAAUGACGAAGAUUCUUCGGCUAGCCCAUAUGGUGAGGCACUGGAUGCCAACAAGCACGCGAUAGCGGUGGCGGCAGCAACAGCGGCUGUGGCAGAAGCUGCUCUGGCGGCUGCUCAGGCAGCUGCCGAGGUGGUCAGGCUUACAAGUGGGGAUGCAAGUAGUAGAAGUGCCCUGGCAUAUGUUAGUCACGGCGGCGGUAGUGACCGGCGGCGCGUAUUUGCGGCUGUCAAGAUUCAAUCGGAGUUCCGAGCUUAUUUGGCUAGAAGGGCAUUGAGGGCACUUAAGGGACUUGUAAAGCUUCAAGCCCUUGUAAGAGGCCACAUUGUUAGAAAGCAAAGUGCACAUAUGCUUCGUCGCAUGCAAGCAAUGGCUCGAAUCCAGGCUCGAGCAUCUGCACAUCGAGCUUAUGUUUCGGAGCCCUCUAAUCCGGCCAUCAAGUUCUCUGGUUCUCAUCACCCCGGCAUCACAAAUCACAGAAAUUAUGAAUGGCGGCCAUCCAGUGCCAAACACGAUGACCCCAUCCUCAAGAAAUCCGGUUCCAGAUCACAUAUGAACAUGGGAAGCUUAAAACUAGAUUCGAACUGGUUAGAUCACUGGAUGGAAGAAUGUGCAUGGAAUAACUAUAAAGAUACGUCCCUUAAAACCGGGUGCGGUGAUGAUGAGAGAAGUGACAAGAUACUGGAAAUAGAUACAUGGAAGCCUCGUCUAAACUCUAGACAAAGUGACAGAAUGUUUCAUACUACACAACGCACUUCGGUUUGGAAUGAAAAUGGACAGAACUAUGCAAAACCCGACUUCUCCUUUUCUAAAAAUGCAGUAAAAUUUCAGAAACCUAAUCCUAGCAUAUCAUCGGAGGAAGUCACAUCCUUAAGGCCUAGUAGCAGUAGAAGUCGAAGAGGACCAUUUACACCUGCAAGAAGUGAGUGCUCCAAAGGCAAGUUCAGUGAUAACAUCGGUCAUCCCAAUUACAUGACAAAUACGGAAUCAUUCCGCGCUAAGGUUAGGUCACAGAGUGCUCCAAGGCAAAGGAUGCAGUUAGAGGAUCAUGGUAUGAGCAUGAAGUUUAGUCGUGGUCCUUGGGAUUUCGACACUAUUUCUGAAAAGGGUUCGACCUUAUCGACUAACUACAAGAGCAGAACUUAUCUCUAUUCUGGCCAAGUAAAUAGACAACAGACUCCUAUCCGUGGCGCUGCUGUCGGGUUUAGUUCUUCAUACGGCUAUGGUCCCUAG